AUGGAUGCUGAGGAGGUGAAACGGAGGCUUGCCUCUGGUGAUUAUGUUUUGGCAAAAUUAGCCAGAUCAGUACUACACAUCCCGGCCAGUCGCAGCAGCAGUGAAAGGGUGUUUGGUGCUGCUGGACGCACCAUCAGUUGUGACCACAAGAAUGUGCCGGGAUCACCGUUCAGAUUCCAUCGUUUUCCUGUUUCGGAUAUAGCUAUGAGACAGCUUUGGCUGGUUGCCAUCGGCUAUUAUGCGGGAGCUAAAAUAUCCAGUAUCAAGGAUUUUCGUGUGUGCAGUGCUCACUUCAGCGAAGACGAUUACAUCCCCGACCAAGGAGGAAAAAGCAAAAAACGGAUUUUAAAGAGUUCUGCUGUACCAGUACCAUGGGUCAAGAACACAAAGACACACAAGGAGUUCAGAGACCAUGUGGUCCAUGCUGUGGAGCAGUACAGAAAACAAGAAUUGAAGAUUAAGAAUCAGGAAAAAGAGCUCCAAAGGAAAUUAACUCAGCUGCAGCUUGAGGAACUGAUCAGCAAGAAGAAGAAGGUUCAGGCAGUACAAAAAGAAGACCACCCAGCAAUGGCACCUGUCAAUACUUCAGUGCCUAUAGAGGUGGAGGAUCUGCCUGAAAGCUCCUCUGGCAGCAAUGGACAACAUCACCAGAAAGCGCUCCAGGCUACCAGGAAUGUCUGGAGCUCCUCUGGCACCGUCCUCUUCGAGCACCCCCUCUGGUCUUUGACCAUGGUUAUGGUCUGCUUGCCUGGAUCUGCCUUCGGCAUAUCGAUUGGGAAACUUUUAGGUCCCCACUACAGCACUACAUCUAGGGUUAUGGUCCUACCUCCAGGAGCCUUUGGCUACAUUGUGGCCCUUGUUCUCGAGGUUCUGCGGGCCUUGAUAGAGCGGGGCCCUAUGCUUUCCAUUGAGAUGGCCUCCUUUACGGGGCACGGAUGGGUCCUCUUCGAGUACCCCCCUCUGGUCUCUGACUAUGGUUGUGGCCUGCUUGUCCUGGAUCUGCCUUCAUCAUGGAGACAUCAUGGCCACUUUGGCUUUCAGGACCUCACUACAGCACUACAACUAGGGUUAUGGCCCUACCUCCAGGUGAAAGGUCCUGACCCACUACAGAUGGUCUGGGCAAAUCAACAGAAGGUCUUCAAAGUACUAUCUCAGGCCUGGAACCAGUUUAUCGGUGCCAUUGCUAUCGGAGAUCUGGUGAAGAGCACUCUGGGACCAAAAGGAAUGGACAAGAUCCUGCUGGGCGGUGGGAAGGACAGUAGCGUGACGGUCACCAACGAUGGAGCCACCAUCCUGAAGGCCAUCGGUGUCGACAACCCCGCCGCUAAAGUGCUCGUGGACAUGUCUAAGGUUCAGGAUGACGAGGUCGGUGACGGGACGACGUCUGUCACAGUUCUGGUGGCUGAGCUGCUGCAGGAAUGCAUCAUGAUCGAUGUCUAUGUGAUCCAUCCUCAGAUCAUCAUCACGGGCUGGAGGAAAGCCACUCAGGCGGCGUGUGAUGCGCUCAGAGACAUGGGUAGUGAGCAGAGCUGCUGUUUGAGCGACGAGCUGAAGUUCCAGGUGGAUCUGAUGAACAUCGCGCGCACCACACUCUCCUCCAAGCUGCUGAAGCACCACAAGGAACACUUCGCCAAGCUGGCGGUGGAGGCCGUGCUCAGACUCAAGGGAUCUGGCAACCUGGAGGCCAUUCAUGUCAUCAAGAAGCUGGGCGGCAGCCUCACCGACUCAUACCUGGAUGAAGGUUUUCUGCUGGACAAGAGGAUCGGCGUGAACCAGCCCAAGAGGAUCGAGAACGCCAACAUCCUCAUCGCCAACACCGGCAUGGACACAGACAAGAUCAAGAUCUUCGGCUCCAGAGUGCGCGUGGACUCCACCGCCAAAGUGGCUGAGAUCGUGAUGGCCGAGAAGGAGAAGAUGAAGGACAAGGUGGAGCGCAUCCUCAAACAUGGCAUCAACUGCUUCAUCAACAGGCAGCUGAUCUAUAACUACCCUGAGCAGCUGUUUGCAGCCGCUGGUGUGAUGGCCAUCGAACAUGCAGAUUUCGUGGGAGUCGAGCGCUUGGCUCUCGUCACAGGCGGUGAGAUCACCUCGACAUUUGACCAUCCUGAGCUGGUGAAGAUCGGCCACUGUAAGCUGAUAGAGGAGGUGAUGAUCGGAGAGGACACUCUCAUACACUUCUCUGGAGUGGACAUGGGUGAGUGCUGGCGAAGUGCCGUUUCCACAAACAAACCUGAGGGCAGCUUGAUUUUUGUGUUUCUGCCCACCAUCAUCGCUGAUAACGCGGGAUAUGACAGCGCAGAGCUGGUUUCUCAGCUGAGAGCCACACACCAAGACAACAAGAGCACCUUCGGCCUGGACAUGACCCAGGGCACGGUGGGAGACAUGGCCACUCUGGGCAUCACCGAGAGCUUCCAGGUUAAGAGGCAGGUGCUGCUGAGCACGGCCGAGGCGGCCGAGAUGAUUCUGCGCGUCAACAACAUCAUCAAAGCUGCUCCCAGGAAACGUGUGCCGGAUCAUCACCCCUGCUAAACACCCUCACAGCAGCCCGUGUAUUUAUUGAAAGGAAGUUGAUGCUCUUUGUUUCAUAGUUUCAUGUGUAGUCUCACUUCCCAAGCUUCGGUUGUGUCUGAAAGUUACUGCUUUACACAAUGACCUUUGACCUUUUGUUUACUCAAUAAACCGUCAUGACUGA